AUGUCCGAAGAGGAUCAUCAACUCUACUUCCACCACCACCGCUUCACCGGCGCCGGCGACGACGCUGCUCCCGUUUUCCCCAACUACCCAUAUCCCGCCGCCGGCGGGUUCCUCGUCGACAAAGCACCACCACUAUCUGCUUCUACUCCAUACAACAACAUGAGCCUCACCGACUGCCUCCAUGGAUCCGCCGAUCACUACCACUCCCUCGCCAAAGCCUUCGCCCUCGACGCGAACCCAUCGCCGUCGUCGUUGUCCUACAGCGAAGUGGAAGAUCAUCAGGCGGCAGAGGUGGAGGACGAUGGAAGUAAUAAUAUUAAUUGUCCUGACAGUAAGAAAGAGAAGAGUACUGGCAAAGGGAAGAAGGUGCAAGCUGGGAAAGGGGAGAAGAAGAAACGGCAGAGAGAGCCGCGGUUUGCGUUCAUGACCAAGAGCGAGGUGGAUCAUCUUGAAGAUGGCUAUCGGUGGAGGAAGUACGGCCAGAAAGCUAGGGUGGAGAGAUCAUUCGACGAUCCAUCCGUAGUCGUCACUACCUACGAAGGUCAGCACAACCAUCCCCUUCCGUCAACCCUCCGCGGCAACGCCGCCGCCGCAAUGUUCUCCCAGUACUCAAUGCUCGCCCCUUCCGUCAUUCAUAGGCACCACCGUAAUAAUCAGCCGCAGCAGUUGCAGUUCUCCGGCGACGACGACUAUGGACUGUUGCAAGACAUCGUGCCUUUCUGUGUUCUUUAA